CAACGACCGACCUCUGCCUGCAGGCCUCGAUGGGCCUGGCUGAACUUGACCGACCUGCCCUCUCAUCUUCUGACGAGCGAUCCCGGGAAGAGAAGGGAAGGCCAUCAGCCACAGUCAUUGGUCACGUUUCUUCCUCCUCUCAUCGUCUGUCCACGUCUGUCUUUCCAUUCACGAGCAAAGGUAGCCCGCCGCCCAGCUCUGUCCUCCUCCCUCCGUUUAUUGCUUGGAGACAGCCGCAUACCGCCAGCCAGCUCCUCAAUCCAGCUAGAUCGUCUGCGCUAGGGCCUCCAUUUGCUUCCCCCCCAAUUCCUCUCGUGCAUUUACUUCCCUCCACCACCACCACCACCACCACCACCACCUCCUCCUCCUUCUCCUCCGUCGUCGCCGCUGCUGCCGUCGCCGCCGCUGUAGACGUCUCACCUCCGUCUCACACACCCCUCGCUCGCCCCUCCGUUCGUCAUCCACCGACGCUGCGAUGAAGUUCGGCCGGACGAUCAAGACGUCACUCUACUCGGAGUGGUCGUCCAAGUACCUUCGGUACAGCGACCUGAAAAAGGACAUCAAGAAGAGGAUCGCCGACAACAAUGGCGUCUGGACUGACCGGGAUGAGGAUGAGUUUGUCAACGAGCUGAGAAAGGAGCUGGACAAGGUCUAUGACUUUCAGAAGCUAAAGGUGACGGAGUUGAGCGAACGCAUUCGAAAGGCGCAGAGCGAGGUGCACCUCCUCGUCUCGUCGAGAACCUCUUCGGCCUCCUCGCUCAGCCGUGGCGAUGGCAGCUCGCAUGCCGGCUCCGACCACGCUGCGGGCACAAACGGGGAAGGGGCUGCUGGGCACGACGAUGCCGUGUACGCCGAAGACGACGUCGGCACCGACGACGAGUUCGACAGCGACACCGACGACUCGGACGCCUACGAGGAGCGCUUCCUCGAGCUCGAAGAGAGGCUCGCCGUCAUCAUCGCAGACGUCCACGACCUUGCCCUCUUCACCAAGCUCAACUACACGGGCUUCCACAAGAUUGUCAAGAAGCACGACAAGCAAACGGGCAGGCUCCUUCGCAAGGAGUUUGUCCAGCACUACCUCACCGCCCGCCCCUUCUACAAGGAGAACUACGACCAGCUCAUCGUCAAGCUCUCCAAGCUCUUUGACCUCGUCCGCACCAGGGGCAACCCUGUUCAGGGCGACUCGAGCGCCGGUGGCUCCCAGAGCGCCUUUGUGCGCCAGACGACAAAGUACUGGGUCCACCCGGACAACAUUGUGCCCCUCAAGCUCGUCAUCCUCAAGCACCUCCCCGUCCUCGUCUUCAACCCGGACAAGGAGUACGAGCCGGCAGACAGCGCCAUCACAUCCAUCUACUACGACAACGAGGACCUGGAGCUGUACCUGGGCAGGCUCGAAAAGACCGAGGGCGCAGAAGCCAUCCGGUUGCGGUGGUACGGUGGCAUGGACAACAAGCAGAUCUUCGUUGAGCGCAAGACGCACAGGGAGGACUGGACGGGUGAGAAGUCGGUCAAGGCGCGUUUCCCCAUCAAGGAGGAGAAUGUCAAUGCGUACAUGAGUGGCGAGUACCGCAUGGACGAGACAUUUGAGGCGCUGCGCAAAAAGGGCAAGAAGAGCGACAAGGACAUCGACUCGAUGCUGCAGCUGGCCAGCGAGGUGCAGUACUCUGUUCUCACGCGCAAGCUGCAGCCCGUCAUGCGCUCCUUCUACAACCGCACUGCCUUUCAGCUGCCCGGUGACGCCCGCGUCCGCAUCUCUCUCGACACGGAACUCUCGCUGGUCCGAGAGGACAACUGGGACAACCGCAAGCGCGCAGCCGACAACUGGAGGCGCAUGGACAUUGGCAUCGACUACCCCUUUGACCAGCUACCCGCCGACGACAUUGAACGAUUCCCGUACGGCGUCCUCGAGGUCAAGCUGCAGACGCAGAUGGGCCAGGAGCCGCCGGAGUGGGUGCGCGAGCUCGUGGCCAGCCAUCUCGUCGAGGCGGUGCCCAAGUUCUCCAAGUUCAUCCAUGGAUGUGCUACGCUGCUGGCCAACCGAGUCGACCUCGUGCCGUUCUGGCUGCCUCAGAUGGACAUCGACAUUCGCAAGGCGCCCACGCGCCAGCUCGAGAUUGCCCGUCCGGCGUCUCACCAGAACUCCAAUUCGUCGUCGCGGCCUGACACGCCGGGCAGCAAGGGUGCCAGCCCCUACCACGAGCCCGUCAGCGAGGACGAGUUUGAGGGCCAAGAAGAAGACGAGGAGACCCAUGGCAUCAACAGCGGUGUGAUUGCCGACGACCGGCACGAGGCCAACAACCUCGGCCUGCUGCCUCACGACCCGAGGAUCCGCGAGGCCCGCGAGGAGCGCAUGCGAAACAUUCGCGACCGCCAGGCUGAGCUUGAGAAGCAGCGCGCCGAGAAUCCGGAUGCGACUUCUAACCUCGCCGCUGGCGUUUUGGCCGCCGAGCGGUCUGCCGUCUCUCCUCCCGGUGCCGUACGCCGCGGUAGCAGCAGUGGGCCAGGAGGCAGCGCGAAGAAGGCGCCCGUCGGCCGCGAUGAGAUCCUGUCGACGAGCACAGCAUUCGACAAGAAUUACUUUACGAAGCUGACGCCAAAGAACAUCAAGCGCCUCUGGAGGGCAAAGUACUCGCGCGAUGGCACCAGCGAGCACGACGCAGAUGCAGACGGUGACGAUGAGCUGGAAGACGAGAUUGCCGCCAGAAGGCUCCAGGGCCGCGACGAAGAAGAGGAGCCCACGAUGCCGCUUCGACCAGAGUACGUCACAUCGUUCCAGGCGCCCAGCGGCAAGAAGGUGUCUCUGCCCAUCCGAAUUGAGCCCAAGACGUACUUUGCUGCCGAGCGGACGUUCCUCAAGUGGCUCGAGUUCUCCGUCUUCAUUAGCGCGCUUGCCGUGGGCAUGGUCAACUACAGCAAGCCCGGUGACAAGAUCGGCCUCAUCACCUCGGGUCUCUUUACCGUUGUCUCGCUCCUGUGCAUCGCAUACAGCGGCAUCAUCUACGUCUGGAGAAGCCUUAAGAUCCGCAAAAAGGAGAGCAGCAACAUCUACUUUGACGCCUACGGCCCUACAUUCCUCUGCGCAACGCUCUUGGCCAGCACCAUCGUCAACUUUGUCCUGCGCUUCAACGAGUCUCACGACAAUCGCCUCUGGCGCGGCCUUGCCAACUAAUGCCAACCACUCUAAUGUCUUGUUUUCCCGUAUGCUUGAAAUGCUAUACCAAGAUGAAUUCUACCUCUUUCCCUGCCGGUCAACGCUUGGCUGUGAACAGUCGGCAAGCCAUCGUCCAAUCGCGGGCCGCCCGUGGCUGACUCAGAGGCACCCCAG